AUGUCUCUGUCAAACAAGCUCGCAAUCACCGACGUCGAUCUCAAGGACAAGCGUGUCUUAAUCCGAGUCGACUUCAAUGUCCCCCUCGAUGCCGACAAGAAGGUCACCAACAACCAGAGGAUAGUUGGCGCUCUUCCUACCAUCAAAUAUGCCAUCGAGCACGGAGCCAAAGCCGUUAUCCUCAUGUCCCACCUUGGGCGCCCGAACGGCACCAAAAAUCCCAAAUACAGCCUGAAACCUGUCGUCCCUGAACUCGAAAAGUUACUCGGCAAAAAUGUCAUCUUCACCGAUGAUUGUGUUGGACCGGAGGUCGAAGAGACGGUCAACAAAGCCAGUGGAGGCCAAGUCAUUCUUCUUGAAAAUCUGCGUUUCCAUCCCGAAGAGGAAGGCAGCAGCAAAGACGCCGAGGGCAAGAAAGUCAAAGCAGACAAGGAUGCCGUUGCUAAAUUCCGUGCUGGAUUGACUGCCUUGGGUGAUAUCUACAUCAACGAUGCGUUCGGCACCGCCCAUCGCGCACACAGCUCCAUGGUUGGUGUGAAUCUUCCACAGAAGGCUUCCGGGUUCUUGAUGAAGAAGGAGCUUGACUACUUCGCCAAAGCCUUGGAGAACCCGAAGAGACCAUUCUUGGCCAUUCUCGGCGGUGCCAAAGUCUCGGACAAGAUCCAACUGAUUGAUAACCUACUUGACAAGGUCAACAGCUUGAUCAUCUGUGGUGGUAUGGCUUUCACGUUCAAAAAGACUCUUGAAAAUGUCAAAAUCGGGACCAGCUUGUUCGACCAGGCCGGCAGCGAAAAAUGCGCCGAGCUGGUGGAAAAGGCCAAGAAGAACAAUGUAAAGAUUAUCCUGCCGGUGGACUAUAUCACGGCCGACAAAUUCGACAAGGAUGCGCAGACUGGCUAUGCAACCGACAAAGACGGUAUUCCCGACGGCUGGAUGGGUCUGGAUUGCGGCGAAGAGAGCAUCAAAUUGUACAAGCAAGCCAUCGACGAGGCGCAGACGAUUCUGUGGAACGGACCUCCUGGUGUCUUUGAGUUUGAGAAGUUCGCCAACGGUACGAAGGAGACCUUGGAUGCUGCAGUGGCAGCGGCGCAGAGCGGAAAGAUUGUCAUCAUCGGCGGAGGAGACACGGCUACCGUGGCGGCCAAGUAUGGAGUUGAAAGCAAACUGAGCCAUGUGUCCACUGGCGGUGGCGCAAGCUUGGAACUUCUCGAGGGUAAAGAAUUGCCCGGCGUUGUCGCAUUGUCUACCAAAUAG